GUCCAGGUGCUGUACUUUGCGAAGAGCGCCGAGAUCACCGGGACCCGCGCCGAGACCGUCUCUGUGCCCCAGGAGAUCCCGGCGGCGCAGCUGUGGGCUGAGCUGGAGACGCGGCAUCCGGGGCUGGCCGAUGUCAGGAACCAGGUGAUCCUGGCUGUGCGGCAGGAGUAUGUCGAGCUCGGAGACCAGCUCCUCCUGCUUCGGGAAGGAGACGAAGUCGCCAUCAUCCCCCCCAUCAGCGGAGGCUAGUGCUGAGGGCCCCGGGGGGCCUGCGCGGGCGGACGUCGGGGAGGAGGAACACAAAGACAUCAUCAAGUUCACGGCCGAGAAGCUGUCCGUGGAGGAGGUCUCGCAGCUGGUGACGUCCCCGCUCUGCGGAGCCGUGUCCCUGUUUGUGGGGACCACAAGGAAUCACUUUGAAGGGAAAAAAGUCAUGAGCUUGGAGUACGAAGCGUACGUUCCGAUGGCGGAAAACGAAGUCCGGAGGAUUUGCAGCGACCUGAGGCAAAGGUGGCCGGUCAGGCACAUCGCGGUGUUCCACAGGCUCGGCCUGGUCCCUGUGGCCGAAGCCAGCGUCGUCAUCGCCGUGUCCUCGGCCCACCGGGCUGCGUCCCUCGGAGCCGUGAGCUACGCCAUCGACGCCCUGAAGGCCUCGGUGCCGGUGUGGAAGAAGGAGAUCUAUGAAGAAUCGUCAUCUUGGAAGAGAAACAAAGAAUGCUUCUGGGCACCCGGCAAUUAAGUCACCCACGUGGGUGAGGUGCUCACGCCUGUCCUGGGACCACAGUUUGGUUUUCCUUCUCCAGAACUCAGGAGAGUUUGGGGUGAGGCCUUACACUGGAGCCAGAGAGAGGGACAGCCUUUAGGGGAAACGGAAGAAUCAUUUAAAUGCGAGGAAAGAUGUCCGCGGUAGACAAAUGAACCCGUGACUGAUGAUUGUAAUGAUUGUAACUGGAUUCACGACUCUGUCUCAGGGAAACCCCCCCCAGCCAGGGCACCGCUAUGGUGCCGGCAGAAUGGGAGGGCGCAGGAAGUCAUUGUCCGACAGUCCUGAUAUAUUUUCAGAAUUUAUAUAUUUAAAAAGUAAACCCAAUAAACACAUGAUUAAAAACGUCUAUGAGGAGCA